UUUACUGUAAAAAAGAAAUUAAUUUAAAUAUAGAUAUUUAUUAAAAUUCUAUAUUUAUAAAAUAAUUAAGAAAGAAAAAGCUGAGAAAUUUAGUUCUUAUUUUAAUUUUCAAAAAAGGAAGAAAUUAAAAAGUAGUCGCAAUUAAAAUAUAUAUAUAAAUUAAAUAAUUAUUUCAUACAAUUCUACAUUUCGUAAAAAUUUUAAAAGGAAAUAAAACGAGUAUAUAAAAAAAAUUAAUUUCAAAAUGGCUGCUUUUCUUGAUGAUUCAUUAAUUUCUGCUGACAAGCCCCAAACUCUAUGUGAUUGGGUAAAAAAUUUUCGUUUAAAAAAAAUUCAAAUGAAAAGAAAAUACCGUCAUGGCAGUAAUUUACGCGUUUGUGCCAUGCUAACAACAGCACUUAAUAAUGCUGAAAAAGAAUUAAAACUUAAGCAACAAGAAAGAUUUAAUAAAUGGGCUGAAAUGCAGUCAAGACUUGGUUAUUAUAAUUAUAAUAAUAUGAAUAGCACUAAUAAUAAUAUAAAUAAUAUAUAUUAUAAUUAUAAUAAUUCUUCUUGUGCUAAAGAAAUGCAAUCAUAUUCAUAUUAUAAUAAUCAACAAAAUAGCAAUAAUAUUAAUAGUAGUAUAAAUUGUGAAGAUGAUAUACUACAGCAGCAGCAUCGUGAUAACAUUAACGAUUUAUGGAAAUCGGAAUUAAGUGGAUUAGAUCAAUUUAUGAAAAAUAUGAGCAGUGCAUGUAGCGUUAUUAAUUAGAAAAAAAAAUUAUUAAAAUUAUUAGCAAAGACUUUUCUAUUCUAAUUUAAAUGAAAAAGAUUAAUUGAUUGUAUUACCUACCAACUUCUUUUUUUUUGUUAAGAAAUUUUUGUAAUUAAAAAAAAGGAAAUUAAAUUUUUAUAUACGUACAUUUUGUAAAAGAAAAGAAAAUUUAAUUUAUAUUUUAUAGAAAUUGUUAGAAAUUUAGUUGAAUAAUUUUUUUAUAUUAUUGUGAUAUAUUCGUUAUUAUGACAAAUUUUCAU